GUCUCCUCAGCGUUGUGGAAGACUGGUCUCUACCGUCGAACGUCCUGAAAGGAUCGAUGUGCAUAUCUCCCCUUGAAAAGUAGAGGUUCCUUUAAAUCUCUCCUUGAAGCUCCCUUGAAGAAGGAGAGAUAGCAUCAAGGUUCGCGCCAAAUCUUUCAGUACUUCGUCAUGACGCUUAACCUGAUCGAGGCUACGCUGCAAGAAGUGGUUGCAGCUCUGGAGGCCAAUCAGCUUACGAGUGAACGACUCGUCAAACUAUAUCUUGAACGUAUCGAUAAGGACAAUAUCAAAGGCCUAGGUCUACGAGCCGUCAUCCAGACUGCACCGAUCGAUCAGUUGAUUCGUACUGCAAAGCUUCUGGAUGCCGAGAGGGCAGCUUCAAAGACCCGGAGUGUUUUGCAUGGUGUUCCGGUGCUCGUGAAAGAUUCUAUUUCAACACACCCCUCAAUGGGUAUGCAGACCACGGGAGGAUUGUUGGUCCUCGAGGGAUCCACCGUGAAGAGGAAUGCUUCGAUCAUAGACCAUCUGCAGGAAGCAGGUUGCAUCAUCCUUGGCAAGGCAAAUAUGACUGUUCUCGGCAAUUUUUAUGGCACGCAGCCCAGUGGAUGGUCACCUCGUGGUGGUCAGACCAUCUCAUUCGUCAAACGUGACAGGGGUCCAAGUGGCAGUUCUUCCGGUAGUGCGGUAGCGCUGUCCGCUGGAUUCUGUGCGUUCUCCAUUGGCGGCGAAACGUGUGGCAGCAUAACUUCGCCUGCUGCUCGAGCCGGUCUGUACGGCAUGAAACCUACCAUUGGAUUAGUACCCGUCGACGAAUGUAUCGGUAUCAGCUCACGUGUGGAUUGCCUCGGACCAAUGGGCAAAUCGGCUUGGGACAUCGCAGCCAUUCUUGAGAAGAUCGUCGUACCUGGACGAUCAUUCGUUGCCUACACGCAGAAACCAUACGACAGAGUCUCGACCUCUCCUAUUCGAUUGGGUAUUCACCGAAACCAUGUGAAACCUGAAGGAUCUGAGGACGAUGAAGUGACAGCGGAGCUUCGGGAAGAAGCUCGACAUAUGUUCGAGAACGCCUUGGAAAAGCUCAUGCCGAUGAUAAAGGCCGAUCCAGCAGACACUGAAGAUGUCAACGCAAUGUUUCAAGGACCAGCUGCCAGCGACAAAGAGGGUGAGAAGCCCAGCUUCUUGGACGGUCCCAAUCAGAUCUUGUUCGAGGUAGAAGCCUUCGAAGCCAUCAAUGAGCAUUUGGCUCGAAUCGACAACUGUCCAGUCAAGAAUCUCAAAGACCUGGUAGAAUGGAAUGAGCAGCACCCAGAACUCGCCUUUCAUUCGCCUGGUCAGCCAGACCAGCAGAAGGAACUGGUGGCUACACUGGCUCGUGGUGGAAUCAGAGACGAAGUCUAUCACCAUGCGUUGGCAAUUGCGGAGCGUGUUGGGCAAAAUGUAGAGGCGACCUUCGCUCAACUUGAUGUGGACGUCCUGGUCUUUCCAGCACCUUUCGCAUGUCUUGCCAGCUCGAUUGCCUCGAGUGUGGGGUUCCCUGUCGCUACCAUACCGAUAGGUACAUUCAGUACUGGUCAGCCUUGCGCAAUCAACCUUUUGGCCCUCAAAGGUCAGGAUGAGCACGUCAUCGCAGCCAUGGCUGCCUGGGACAGUGUGCACGAGGCUUGACUGGCUCAGACUGUGAGCAUCAAAUAACAGAGAUCUAGGACGGAA